AUGGAUAAGCGAAGUAGGGGGGCGGAAAGGAUGAAUCUCAGGACUGCCCUAAUUCCUCUGAGCCGAAUGGAAAGGACCCAGCAGAUGGGGACCCACAAGCUAGAGACAAGCCUCUUGAUCCUGAUGCGGGGACGGGAGAAUCACGUGCUGGAGAUAGCCCAAGGCAGGGAGCUACUUGAAAGGACAUCAGUCGGUCGUGGAUACCCAGUGACUGAGCACAACAUUAACCUUAUGGCAUUGACUCUGGUUGGAAAAAAUUUAGGCUCGAGGCAGAAUAUUGAUGUUGUCAGGGCAUUUGCUAAACGUAAAUGGUCACUUAAAGGUCAAGUGGAGAUCACUGUCAUGUCCAAAGGUGCAUUGUCGAUGGCCUUUUCAUGUGAGGAAGCCAUGUCGAGGGUGCUUUGUGAUGGUCCUUGGUUGAUUGGAAAAUCUACGCUUGCACUGCAAAAGUGGUCGUCUGAGAUGGACCUAAAUGAAUCUUUUUUUGUACAAGCUCUUGUUUGGGUUAGAUUGUUGGAUCUUCCUCUGGAGUUUUGGGUUGAAGAUGUUUUUAAAGGAAUCGCUAGUUCCUUUGGGGAACUCUUAUUUAUGGAUCCUAUCAUAGUAGCUAGAAGAAGACUUACCUUUGUAAGGAUUUCUGUGGGAGUUAUGCAAGGCAUGGAUAUGCCCUUAUCUAUCGAGAUUAACUCCAGAUUGGGGAAGUGGGUCCAACCUAUGCAAUAUGAAAGUGUCCCUUUUGCAUGUUUUCACUACAAAAAAUCGGGGCAUACUGCUAGAAAAUGCCCUCUACAGGCUAUCAACGAGAAAGAGAAAAAAGAUAAGACAACGCAAUGGAGAGCCAAAAAUCCUACUAAGCAAUCGAAUAUUGCUAAAAAAUAA